GCAGCAACAUCUACAGCAACAACAACGAGUAGGACAACAACAGGAACAGUUUGAGGUGCAAAACCCGCAGCAACAACAAGUAGAAGAACAACAACUACUAUUAGAACAACAACGGUUUAAGGGACAUCAAUUAGAAGAACAACAGCGGCAGCCACUAAAAGAGCAACACAAACACAACCAAACAACAGGACUAACAGGAAUGUCUGUUGGACGCGUUACUCUAGCAGCGGAAAUAACAGCGCCAACCACUAGCCCUGUGUGGGCGUCUCUGACCCCGGGGGGCUCUGUGAACCCUGUGAGGUGUGGGGUCCCUGGAGAGGUGGCGACUCCUGAGGGACCUGUGGUCUCUGGGGGAGGAGCAAGGGUCCCUGGGGGAGGACCUGUGGUCUCUGGGGGAGAAGCAAGGGUCUCUGGGGGAGGACCUGUGGUCUCUGGAGGACCUAUGACUGACACUGAAGAGAACCAGGACGACAGCCUUGCAGAGAGCAGUGUGGCGUGUGACACCACGCAAGAAUACGAUGAUAUUGUUGAUGAAAAUCUUGCCGGCAGUGGCGGUAUUGUUGAUGGAAAUCAUACUGUCAGUGGUGGUAUUGCUGAUAAAAAUGUUGCUGCGUAUUCUAGCAAAGUUCUGCCUUCACUUGGUGCUGAAGAAGUUGGGGAGAGCGAGCGUGGGGAGGGAGAUGAGGAGGUGAAGGAUGAUAAGAAAAUUAUUGUGAAGCAUGAUAAGGAAAUUACAGUGAAAAAUGAUGAUGAAAUAUUAGUGAAAAAUUCUGCGGAAAUAUCAGCUAACAAUGAUCAGGCAAUGAUAGCAAAUGAUGAUGAAGAAAAAUUAGUAAGGAAUGACGAAGAAACAACAGCGAUGAAUGGUGAAGAAACACCCGUUAAGAAUGAUGAAUUAUCAGUGAAUGAUGAUAACAAAAUAUCAGUAAAGCUUGAUAAUGAUAUAGUGACGAAGGAUGAUGAAGAAAAGGUGUUGGUGGGAAGUGCAGCGUUUGUGUGUAGACCUGUUGAUGUUGGUGCAUCAACAGGGACAGCAUUUGAAACAGACGAGCUGGAGAUCUUGUCGGCGCUACAGUCAACAGUCGCUGAUAUCAACAAAACUGUUGAAACAGAGCCUGGAAUUGUUGAUUUGGAAAGAAGCGCAAUAGAUACGCAAAUGACAGGAAUUGUGCCUGAAUUGCUAAUGAUCUCUUCUGAAGAAAUUGAGGAAAUUGUGCCUGUAGUUAUGCCUAUGACGGACAGAGAUGGAGCAGUUGGUGCAGAGACUGAGACCGAAGCUUUUGCAGAGGCUAUGGCAGAACCUGGUGCAGAGGCUAUGGCAGAACCUGGUGCAGAGGCUAUGGCAGAACCUGGUGCAGAGGCUAUGGCAGAACCUGGUGCAGAGGCUAUGGCAGAACCUGGUGCAGAGGCUAUGGCAGAACCUGGUGCAGAGGCUAUGGCAGAACCUGGUGCAGAGGCUAUGGCAGAACCUGGUGCAGAGGCUAUGGCAGAACCUGGUGCAGAGGCUAUGGCAGAACCUGGUGCAGAGGCUAUGGCAGAACCUGGUGCAGAGGCUAUGGCAGAACCUGGUGCAGAGGCUAUGGCAGAACCUGGUGCAGAGGCUAUGGCAGAACCUGGUGCAGAGGCUAUGGCAGAACCUGGUGCAGAGGCUAUGGCAGAACCUGGUGCAGAGGCUAUGGCAGAACCUGGUGCAGAGGCUAUGGCAGAACCUGGUGCAGAGGCUAUGGCAGAACCUGGUGCAGAGGCUAUGGCAGAACCUGGUGCAGAGGCUAUGGCAGAACCUGGUGCAGAGGCUAUGGCAGAACCUGGUGCAGAGGCUAUGGCAGAACCUGGUGCAGAGGCUAUCCCCAAGGAUGGUAAAGAGAGCACUGUCAAAGUAAUGGAUGCUGCAGCUGAUGCCAACAUAACGGACGCUGCAGCUGAUGCCAACAUAACGGACACUGCAGCUGAUGCCAAUAUAAUGGACACUGCAGCUGAUGCCAACAUAACGGACACUGCAGCUGAUGCCAACAUAACGGACACUGCAGCUGAUGCCAAGAUAACGGACACUGCAGCUGAUGCCAAUAUAAUGGACACUGCAGCUGAUGCCAAUAUAAUGGACACGGCAGCUGAUGCCAAACUAACGGAUGUUGCGGCUGAUGCCAAAAUAAUGGGCGCUGGAGCUGAUGCCGGAACAACAAACCACGCAAUUGGUUCCUGCGUCAAAACGGCUGGUUUUCUUGUUGAAGCAGCCACAACUACUAGUGGUCUUGCUACUUCUGUUAGUUCUAAAGCCACAUCCACUAGUGGACUUGACACACCGUCAAGUCCACUGUAUACACGCCAGAGCAGUCCCAGCACCCAUGACUCAAAAGGACAAGCGCCAACUUAUCACCCAUGUUCUGAUGAUGCACCAUCUGCUGACCUCUCUGGUCCAAAUGGUGCCGGAACCAGUCCCUCUGGAGCCUUUUCUUGCUCCAAUUCUCUGUCUCCCACUUCUGGUGGCCACAUCAAGACCUGUGGAACAACCACUGACUCCUCAGGGGUUCCAUAUUUACCUGUGCCUACCGUAAGUUCUUCCGAUGGAGACUCGCCAGAAGAAAAGGUGGUGGAGUUGAGCGACUCGAAUGUAGGGUCAACCAGCAUCUGCAAAGGGGGGCCGAGUGUUGAUGAACCAGGCAGUGUGAUCUACACUCAGAAAAAUUGUGGGUCUGAUACAGGAAUACGGCAAAAGUUAUCAUCUGUUGCCAAUUUAAAAGAAGAUGAGAGUUCUGCUAGUGUAGGGAAAGAACUAGGUUCUUGCAGUGAUGAUGCAAAAACUUCGCAUGCAACUUCUUCUCCCGUAUCGGUGAUGGUAAAACCCACAGCCUUAGCCACCGUCACUAAGCAUCACAGAUCCUCGAGUGACGUGACAUUCAAGGCCGGUCUCAAGAACCGCCCCACCUCCACUGCAGUCAAAGUCCUCUCACUCAAGAUAAAAGAUCAGACUUUGAACGCCGGCAACUCCAGCAUCCCUGGGAAAUUUUUUUCGAACACUAAAGUGCCCAAUUCUGGUCUGAGGAAUGAGGUAGAGAGUCUGCGUCGGGCUUCGAGUGGCGUGGUUGAUGAAAAUGAGCAAACUCUUGCCACGAAAGUGGAUGAAAAUGAGCAAAUUCUUGCCUCAAAAGUGGAUGGAAAUGAGAAGAUUCUUACCACAAAAGUGGAUGAAAAUGAAGAAAUUCUUGCAACGAAAGUGAAUGAAAAUGAACCAAUUGUUACCAUAAAAACGGAUAAAAAUGAACCAAUUCUUACCACGAAAGUUGAUGAAAAUGAACAAAUUCUUGCCACAAAUGUGGAUGAAAAUGAAGAUGGAGUCAUGCCGCCAUCUUGCGGGAUCACCAAGAUCCCAAGACGGCUCAGGAAUCCUUAUGUCAGAAGGAGGAAGCGAAGGAGAGGUCGCUGGAGAUCUGCUCGCCGGCCCUCAGGAUCUGAUGAACAGCAAGGAACAAAACCGAAUGUUCCAGGCUCUCAAACACCUGGACACUCACGCGGCUUACAGGAAGAUGUGAAGUGUUCUUCAGAACCUCCUGCGGCAGGCGAGUUUAGUGACAUUCCGCCUGGCAUUGCUAGGUGUGCCACGUCGUCUGUCGUGACAGAGGUAGCACUACCAUCUGUCAUUAAUGAUACAGCAUCCCCGUCUAUAAGAAAUGAUGCAGCACAGUCUAUAAAAAGUGAUGAAACUUCAUCACCCGCCGGCCACCCGACGCGGAAACACGACGAAGUAAAAGAGCCUCAGCGCCAGGCUAGACGACAGAGCAGCCUCAAGGCCCGAGCUAGGCUUAGCGACGCCUUGCUAAGCCAAAAAGCUAAGACCAAGCAAGCUCUGGCGACCCCUGAAGCUGUUGCGCCUGUCCAGAGUGAGGGACGAACAACUCCUCGGGGUCUUGGUGAGGGUUCAGCCAUGGCUGUGGUGGCUAAUACGUCGGCCAAGCGUCGUAGAUCCUCAAUUGGGGAUAGCCUUGAAUCUGAUUUAGAGAAGAAGUCUAAGUUACGGCACUCGCACGCGAUGUCUUCUCGCAGCAAAGUCGCUGAACCAGAAAUGCGAGGCGCCAGUCUCAUACAGAAGGCUUACUCGUAUACCUCCCAACCCAACGUUGACAAUUCAAUACCUGUUUCAGCCUCAUCGCCUGCGGUUUCAUCUAUGAAUAUUUCAGCUUCAGCCAAAACUUCAGACGAAACUGUAACGUCAUCCUCUACGUUGGAAGAAACCAUGUUCAAACUCCUGAACUCAAGUUCGGGUAACCUGCAAGAAGUUUUCUCGCUAAUAGAGAGCUCACCGAACCUGAUGCCUGCGCUACAUGAACGCCUGAACGUCGUGCAGCAGAUGGUCAAUAAGAUGAAUAAUUACCAUGAAACUAUACACAAGAAACGUCUCGGUCCUAGCACUGGUUUGGAUUGUAAUUCAAAAUCUAGAUCAACCCAAACUAGCGUAUCAACGUCUUCUCGAUCCUGCCAAACCGAUACCAUGUCUACCUCAAAGAUCUCUUCUACCUCCGUGGUAUCUACAUCUACCUCUGUAUCAUCAAAGGUUUCUACCAGGUCCAUGUACACCCAAAGUUCCUCCCCAGCAUCAGUGCCCCACCUACCCACCCGUAAGCUGGUCCCCAGCAGGAGGUCUCACCCCGGGGAGAGUGUGCCAGUGUACCAGCGAUGUGUAGAGUGUCUUCGUAACGGCGUGUAUGACAUCACAUCGUGCGUGUAUUGUGACACGUGUGAUGUGCCGCUGUGUGUGGUGCCUUGUUUCAGGGCGUAUCACGUGCUGGGCAAACGCCACUGA